AUGUCUGAUCCAACACAUCAUCCGUCUCUUGUUAGAAAAGAUAAAUCCAGACUAUAAAGUGAAGGAGAUUACUUGGGGACAAACUGACGCUCAACACAAUGACUCCUCUCACGGGGGGAAGGAGUCCAUGUGUAACAAACUCAGCGAGCGACCGCGUGCUUCCGCACCGCGGCGGGUCAGCUGAUGGAGACGGCACGCGGAAACUGUAAAGCCAAUUGGAGUGGAGCAGCGCUGGAUGUGGAGAGCCACCGGAGCGUUUACUGCACGUUAACGUCCCCGUUUCACGUCCACCACCGCGGGGUUAACGCUUCGACGUGAGCACGGCUCCCACCUCCAGCUCAGACCGCGUCUCUUAACGAGAGAGACAGAGAGAAACAGAGAGAGAGAGAGAGAGAGAGAGAGAGGGGCUGGGAUCCUCAGCAGGAAGUUAUGGCGCUCAGCGAGUCGAUGGUGGCGUUGAAUGGGACUCAGAUUUCCUUCAUCGGACAUGACUGUAAAGACAUUCCAGACUUCCUUGGAGACACGUACGGACACUUUGCCAGACGUCUGGAUCUCAGCUUCAAUCUGCUCAGGUCACUGGCGGGCCUCAAAGUGUUCACUGAGCUGGAAGAGCUGGUCGUCGACAACAAUCUGCUUGGAAAUGACCUGCGGUUGCCCGGGCUGCCCAACCUCCACACCCUGACACUCAAUAAGAACCACCUGACUGAUAUCGAGGCCCUGCUGGAACACUUGGCUGAUGUGACCCCGGCGCUGGAGUACCUAAGCCUGCUGGGGAAUGAGGCCUGCCCCAACCAGCUGGUCAGCCCGGAUAAGGACGAGGACGACUACCAGAGAUACAGGUACUUUGUUCUGUACAAGCUGCCCCAGCUGAAGUUCCUGGACACGAGGAAAGUCACCCAGAAAGAGGUGAUGGAGGCCCAGGCGAGAGGGUCGUUCAUGAAAGUGGUCAAACCGAAGUCAGAAGCUCCGCCUAAUGACUCUAGAUCUGAGAGUCACCCACCGUCCUACACUCCCCUGCCCCGAGGGUCCAGAGACGCCAAGAACCACAAAGGGGUAUUUGCGAAGUGUCGCUACAUCUACUACGGCAAGCACUCAGAAGGCAACAGAUUCAUCCGCAACGACCAACUCUGAUGGAGAGAAUCGGGUCGGACACAGAGAGGGAGACGGACGACGACAGAUGUCAGCAGAAGGAAAGAUGACUUAACAAAUCCUUUAUUUAUUAAAUGCACUGCUAAAGCGUGAGAAACUUAGCAAAAUAUGUUAUGGUGGUUAUGCAAGGUCAACUCUUUUUUUGGGGGGAUCUUAAGAUCUUACCCAAGCACUUCGGCCUCUUCUGAGCUCGGUCGGCUUCCAGCUCAGAGUCGGACAUGACACUCCCACUGACAUGAUUGCCUCUAAGCAUCAGCAACUGCACAACCACAGACACACACAUGCAAAAAGACACACUCUCUCUCUCUCUCUCGCUCUCUCUCUCUCUCUUUCUCUCUCUAUCUCUGUCUCCCUCUCUCUCUGUCCCCCUCUCUCUCUCCCCCUCUCCCUCUCUUACACACAGAUCCGUUCAAUUGCAUCCUUUUCUUUGACAGCCAUGAUGGAUCACCCAUCCACUGGCGCCACUAAUCAAGGGUGAAAGGGGUGACGGUCACACACCUGGGGCCUGACAUAGACUCAUCUCUCUGUCUCUCUCUCUCUCCCUUUCUCUCUCUCUCUCUCUAUUUGUAUCCUUUACUUACAACAAGCACACAGCCACCCACACACACACACACACACACACACACACACACACGCACACACACACACACUUUACUGCUGUUUGAAACAUAAAGACAUCAACAGAACAAGGUUUAGAGGCUUGAUCAGUCUGGUUUGUGUCAGAGUGCAGAGUACUUCUUAUUUUAUUCGAGCACAUUUUAUUGAAUUUAUUUCAGUUUAGAGGAGAAAGAGAAACUUGUUUAAAAAAAAUGAGAUAUACAUUUGAUAUUCAGGCAAGGAUUUUGUUAGUUUUCUGUUAUUAUAAACUGUUUUUCAGGAGGAGAUGUGUAGAUGCAGCUUUUAAAGUCAAAACAUUCCAAUAUUAGCUUUAAUGAACUUUGCAUUCCAGGUGUAUCUUUGUGUUAUUGUGCACUGCGUGUCUUCAGCCAGUUUACUGCUUUCUAUUGUGAUGACUUAUACAUUUUCAGAAAAUUGCAUUUGACACAAUAUCGACCACAAAGUUAGAACCAAAUUUGGUCAAUGUUUACGUUUUAUAGUACUUUUAAGAUGGUUAAACAGUGAUCUGUGUUAAUAAAGAAUUGUAACAACAGCAGAAAGUAAAGCGCUGCCAUUUUUUAAUAUCUGAUCUUAUAGUUCUGCAGGCAACCGUCCAAUCUGAGAAUCGGAGAUGAAUUAAUGAUGUGAUUGAUGUAAUGUAAAACUGUGUAAGUGCGCUUCAAGUAUUAAAAGAGGUUAACUUAU